AUGUUCUCAGAACGUUGGCUAUGUUUCUGCUGUCCGCCAAUGCAUAAACCUCCUCGACGAACUAUUGUUGCACCAAUUGAACAAACUGACAGUCCAUCUGAAGCACGACCACCAUUACAAAUGAAUCGAAUGAUGGGUAGAGAAAAACACAAAUCUGAACUUCAUUUAGCUGCUGUCGUUAUUAUUCAAACAUGGUUUAGACGACGACGAGCUUUAUUUGAAAUACGACGAAAAGCUGCAUGGACAAUUUAUCAAAAUAUUGAAUAUGCUGGUGAACAAAAUCAACUUAAAUUAUACAAUUUUUUUCUUGAACUUAUGCAAACUGUUGCAAAAAAUCCUCGUGAUGUUACUGUUGCAGCUAAAGUCCUACGUCGAACUUCUAGUAUAUCAGGCAUAGCUGAAGAACUAGAAUUAGAACAAUUAACAUCACCAGUAACAAUUAGUGUUGAAGCAUUGUAUCAAGGACCACAUGUUGAUUUACCUAUUAAUAAAGGACAUUUGGAAUCAUUGAUUUUUGCUUUUCAACGCGGAGAGCUCCUUCAUGCUCAUUAUGUAUUAUUAAUAUUACAUGAACUUCGUCGUAUUCUUAAAAAUUUACCAAAUGUAAAUGUAGUUUCAACUCAUCAGUCAACAUGUGUCACUGUUGUUGGAGAUUUACAUGGUAGUUUAGCUGAUUUAAUGAUUAUAUUUCAUAAGAAUGGUUUACCAUCGAAUGAAAAUCCUUAUAUAUUUAAUGGCGAUAUUGUUGAUCGAGGUUUUCAAAGUAUUGAAAUAUUUCUUUUAAUAAGUGUUGCAUUUAUUGUUUAUCCACAUAAUGUUUAUUUAAAUCGAGGAAAUCAUGAAGAUCAUGUAUUAAAUUUAAGGUAUGGUUUUAUGAAGGAAAUCAUACAUAAAUAUAAAUCUCAUGCCACACGACUUUUACGUUUAUUCGAAAAUGUUUAUAGUUGGUUACCAGUUGCAAGUCUUAUUGAUGAUCAUAUUUUUGUAACACAUGGUGGUAUUAGUAAUAUAACUGAUUUAGCUAUUAUUAAUCAAAUACAACGUCAGAAGUAUGUAUCUGUAUUAAGUCCAAGUUUUAUCAUACCACCAAAUGAAGAUCAAUUUCAAAUAGGUAAUAUUUCGAAUGAUUUAUUACUUGAAUGGCGACAAAUACUUGAUUUAUUAUGGAGUGAUCCGAAACAAAGUGACGGUUGUGAACCGAAUACAUAUCGUGGUGGUGGAUGUUAUUGGGGUCCUGAUGUAACAAAAAAUAUUUUAGAAAAACAUAAAUGGAGUUUACUUAUUCGUUCACAUGAAUGUAAAGAAGAAGGUUUUGAUUAUACUCAUGAUAAAAAGGUGCUUACUAUUUUUUCUGCAUCAAAUUAUUAUGCAGUAGGUAGUAAUCGAGGUGCAUAUGUAAAAGUAAUUACUAAUCAACCACCAUUAAUUGUUCAAUUUAUUUCAACAAAAUCUUCACAUAAAUCAUUGACCUUAUGGGAAAGGAAUUCUCAUCUCUAUUUUCCGAAAUAUUUCGGUUUUGCUCUUAUAUACAAUGGUACUGUACGUGAAUUUAUUUAUUUUCGUUUACAUAAAACAACAAUUGAAAAUUUCUUUAACAAACAACAUACACCAGUUGCAUUCUGUUGGAAUUUAAAACCUAGUAAAGCUCAUCUUCAUCAUAUGCUUGAUCAUGAUAAUUAUUUCAAACGAAUAUUUUCAAUAAGUAUCAAUGGCAAUAUAUCAAAUACAAUACCUUGUGACAAACAUGAAACAUUUAUGUAUGUUUCACCAUUAGAUAGAACUGAUAAAUGUUCAAUGGAUGCGAAUUCACCAAGAUCUAUUCGAAUAAUGUUUUCCGAUGAAUGUCAUCCAUUACCUUAUUCGAAAUUACUUCGUGCUGAUGCUUUAAUUGGUUUAAUAUCGGGUGAUACAACAACGGAUACUUAA